AUGGAAAAACCCCCAACUUUGGAUGCGUACGACGGGACUACAGAUCCCGACGAUCAUAUUAGGAACCUGGAGGCCGUCAUGGAGUAUCACGUCGUCCACGGCUCCAUCAAAUGUCGGAUCUUCCCAACCACGCUCCGAAAGGGGGCAAUGACCUGGUACAGGAAUCUCCCUCCUAACUCCAUCAAGUCUUGGGCCGAGCUCAAGGAACUCUUUCUGAGUCACUUCACUGCUUCCCGCCGUCAACCGAAAUCAGAGGCAAACCUCGAAGCUGUAGUCCAAGGGACCAACGAGCCUCUCCGAGACUACCUCGACAGAUUCAACAAGGAGGCCAUCCAAGUGGAGACGACCGAUUACAUGAAAAGGUAUCUCCUCGAGCGAGGGCUCCUCCCCGGCAGCGAAUUCAGGAAAGCGAUAAAGAUCGAAAAAAUGCGAUCUAUGAACGCCAUCUUGAAAAGGGCGCAGGCUUUCAUCUCCUUCGAGGAAGGCGAAACGGUCGCAGUCAAAGCAUCAAGGGGAAAUGGCGUUACUCGGAGCUCGAGCCAAGACCCGUCCGCCGCGCCCCGAGCAAACGAGAGAAAGAGGGACGACAGGUCCCGCGACACAAAGGAGCGCAGAGGGCCAGCAGGACGCUUCAACGACUAUACCCCCCUGAAAGUUUCACGGGAGAAGAUCCUGGCCGAGUGCAUAAACGCCGAGUUCAGAAACUCCAACAUCAGGCCCCCGAAGCCGAAUUCCUCCCGGUCGGGGACCGACAAGUCCAAAUACUGCAAGUAUCACAAGAGCCACGGGCACCUGACAGACGAGUGCAUACACCUGAAGGACGCCAUCGAGACACUGAUCAAAGAGGGUCACCUUUCUAAGUACACAAAGAGAGGAGACCCUCCCAGAAGGAAUGACCGUCGGAGCUCCGACGAGGGAAAUUCACCGAAUGCCAGGCCGCUGCAGGUGGCGUUAUCCGUCACCCGACCAGAAGACUUCAUACCCUCGGUCGGAGUGACAUCUGCCCUCAGCGUCUGGGAAGGGUUCCCGACAGCAAUGCUGAUAUCCAACGGCGGGGACCCUGGCUCCCUCACAAUCGGCUCCGUGAAAAGGAAGUUCGACGAGUUGAUCAGCGCCACCACGAACAUGACCCCAACCCUGAGGAGAUUUAAAGGGAGGUCAGAACCAAUCACUUUCUACUUGGAGGAGCUACCCGGCGGCGCCCCGAACGCCACAAUCCCACUGCUCGUGCGAGCGAGGAUGGCGAACUUCGACGUCCGUCGGGUCCUGGUCGACGAGGGAAGCUCGGUCGACAUCAUGUACUCCCAUCUCUUCCAAACCCUACAGCUGGACGACUCACAUCUCACUCCUUACGUGGGCUCCGACCUCCAAGGAUUCAACGGAACAACCACAAAGCCGUGGGGUUACGUCGAACUGCUCGUCUCCUUCGGGGAGGGGGAAGCUUCCAGGCAAGUCAAGACACGGUUCUUGGUGAUAAACUGCAAGACCCUCUACAACUGCAUCAUCGGGCGCCCCAUUUUGGCCGAACUCACUGCCGUCCCCUCAACCGUUCACCUGAAGAUGAAGUUCUAUACGAAGAGGGGACGAGUAGUCACUGUCAAUGCCGACAUCGAAGCUGCUAGGAGGAUAUUCGACGCAUCAGUAAAGGGACUGGAGCUAAUCGCCACUGAUCGUACCUGA